AUGUCCGAAUCGUAUGCUCGACAAGUGGUGACGCCGUUGCCAGCUCCUGACGGCUACGUCGUUGAUUUCGGUCAUCCGCAGCGCCGCGACGUUGUCGCAACAUAUACUGUCAUGAGCAUUUGGCUGGUUCUGGCUUUCUUCUUCGUUCUACGAAAGCUUUACGUUGAUUUGCUCACUAGAGGUCAUUUUGGGCUCGAUGAUGUUCUGCUUUUGAUUGGAUGGAUUGCGAGUGCGGCGGUCCAGGGUACCUUCUACUGUGAGUCAGCUAUUUUCAUCGGCGUGGUCGGCAACCCAUAA